AAUAUAUUACGACAUUUACCGGAAAUCGGAAGUCGUGAAGUAGUCAGUGUUUAUGGAAACUCAAGAUGUGUCUUCCAAAUAUUGUGAUUAGAAGUAACAAGAGACAACAUUUGUACUUCUGAAUUUUUGACUUUUUUUUAGAACUUGAAAACAUUUCAUUUGAUUUUUAUUCUUUUUGUACAAAACACAAAGAAAAUACUAAACAACCACCUCCAAAGUGUGUCAUUCAACCAACCAUUUUAUCAAAUAUUCAGGAAUCUAUCGUUAUUCCUUUCCAAAGAAUCUACUUAAUAUUUCGUCUCCACUGUUUAUAGUAUAAUCACAAUGUCACAACUGCUGAGUAACCCGCUAGUCUUCGAUUAUCCUGACAAAAGUUUUGAAAAUAAGAGCCAUAUGGCCUCUGAGAUUCCUCCAAAGAUUAACAUUUCUUCCGACUUUCCCCACAUUUGUGGCUUCUGUGGAAAGGGCUAUUGCAGGAAAGACAGGUUGGAUCGACACAAACUCACUCACUCAGAAGAAAAACCCCAUAAGUGUGACUUCUGUGGCAAGGGCUACUGCCGAAAGGAUCAUUUAGACCGCCAUAAAAUUACUCAUUCGGGAGCCAAACCUCACGAGUGUAAUUUCUGUGACAAAAAAUUUUACCGGAAAGAUCACCUCGACAAACACAGACGGACACACCUGGGCGGGAAGUUAUAUUCGUGUGAAUAUUGCGGGCGAACGUUUUCUCUGAAACUAAAUCUCGACCAACACAAACUGAUUCACACUAAUAAUGCGCAAGGUGGCAGUAGAUCUAAAAGUACAAGCAACUGCAACGACCCCAGUGCUUCUUAUUGCAAGUGCAACUUAUGUGGCAAGUAUUUCACGGACAAAACUAACUUUGAGCGACACAAGACCACAAGCAAACCGCAAAUGUUCCAGUGCAUGUUUUGUGAUAAGGCAUUUGAGAUUGAAUGUUUUUUGAACCAACAUCUUCAGAGCACCCAUUCAUCUAUUGCUAUCAAUAACAAAACCAUACAAAAGCAAAUAAACAGCUCAGUGAAUCUCAACACACCCAAUUCUCCAUCAAGUGUUUAAAAAUACGUAAUAUGAAAUUCAUUAAGAGUAAUUAUGUCAGUAUGUUAACUGAUAAAACUACUCUCUUAUUACCAAGCUGCAAUCGCCUGACCUCUAUAACUGAACGGCUUUCAUUAUGUUGAGGGUAUCAACUUAAAAAUCUAUGUGUGUGGCUAUAAGAAUAAGGCCCUUUUAUUUGAGGAACUCAUUAUUAGUGUUGAAUCUGUUGCAUGAGCUGCUGGUGAGCAUUUGAGAAAUGAAACCCAUACCUGAAGUGUCUUGUACCCCUUUUUUUAAUUAAAAACAUUUUUUUUUUAAUGAAAUUCUUCAUGCAAUUCUCUGACAAAUUUGGCAGUUGAUUGAGAUAUGCCAGAAACAUUGUUAAAAAGGGGAAAUUUGUAUGUUUGUGUCUUUUUUUUUUUUUUUCACACUUAAAAAUUAAGCCUGAAAUUAUUCUUUAAAUUUUGGAAUAAUGAUCUUUUAACUUUAAAAUAAUUCCAGUUCUUUUUUUUCUCUCUCUCUCUCUCUCUCUCUCUCUUUUGUGUUUUUGUUUUUCAUACAUUUCAGUCUAUUUGUUAAAUUGUGAAAUGUGUUCGGUACCCUUACUGAAGUUAGGGUUCCAGCUGGCAACUUGUCCACAUAAUCAUGAGCUUUAAAAAAAAAAUUUUUUUGAAACCUUGCCACCCAUUCUCUCUGUGCAAGGCACAUUUUUAUUGAGAUUUGGUUACGAAUCUUACUUCAAUCCUUGAAUGAUUAUUGAAGGAAAUUUCCUAUAAAUGUGAAAACACUUGGCUAUGGCUACCAAAAUUGCAACAGGUCUUUCCACUUCUUAUAAAAUGGGGCAAAACAAAAUGAAUAAACAUGAAUCAAGUAGCUCUUAAAAUACCUUUUGGGGUUUUCUUUUGAUCCUUCCAGUGAACUGAUUAGUUUAUAUGUUUGAAUACUUUUUAAGCACUACUUUGUUAUGUAUCGAAAAAGUCUACUGAAUGAUCCAAGUUUUUUUUUUGUUUUUUUUGUGAUAUCAAAAUGAAAUAGACUGAACUGCUGAAUAUUCAGCUUCAAUCCAUUGCAAACACAAUUUUCUUUUGUAUUAAGACAUUGCAUUGAAUUUUGAACUACUUUUGCCUCCAGUUCACAUAGCUGUUUAGAAAUAGAUAUUGUGCCUGGCUGAAGCUCUGCCAUCAAAGGGCUAGCUUCCUAUCCAGUAAGCAAUUUAUUCUCUUAUUCUUUUACAACGACAGGAGAUCCUCUACUUAGUUGCUCACCCUGUUUUACAACAGUAUUUAAAGUUUUCCCUUACUCCUCAGAUCAGACCCUACUGCCUUGGAAAACAGUUGUCCUUUGUGUACCACUGGUGAAAAUGACAAGAUUGUCAUGGCUUGAAUGCCUUUGAUCCAAGAUCAACCUGAACCAGGGCCAACUUAGAGCUAAACAGCAACAGCAACAUGAAAGAAAAGCUAAAUUCUACCUUUAAAGAACUCUUGGAGGCUAAUGGAAACUUUUUUUUUCAACAGUAAUUUCCAUUGGUUGGCGGUAAUUCAAGCAUAGUCUUCAUUGAUUAUGUUAUAAGCUGGCCAUUUAAGUCAGGCAUUCCUGUUGUUGCCAAAGAACCCUGCUUCCCUUUCGCUUGUGUAUGUAUGGGUGUGCUUAUAUAUAUAUAUAUAUAUUUGAAUUAUGCAACAGAAGCAACUCUAAAGUAACAAGCUGCUGCAUCCGUCUAAACUCUGUGUGCAUAUGUGCAUGUUCAUCCAUCAGAAAUGCAAGGCCCGUCUAGUCGUUCCGGGUGACUGAUGACUUGCAUGGCGACUUUUAUUUUGAGUGAAGAAGCGUUCUGCACUGUCAGCCUCACACUCUCAUCUUUGUCCAUUGUCAAGCUGGUGGCAAGACAACGUCAAGAUGACUGGGGCUGGAGACUGAUGCAGUGGAUGACCAAGAUGUUUUGCUCUGCUCUGCUCUCCACAGUGUCUUGUUGCAGCUGCUUUCCUCUCCAUUAAGCCAUAAAGGUUUCUUCUGUAGAGUCUACUGGAUCCCGUUUUUCACAUGCAUAUACUCUUUUACUUGUUUCAGUCAUUUGACCGCCUUCAGUCGAGCAAAUCGAACCCAGGACUUUGUAAGCUACAUAUGUACAACGGGCUUCUUUCAGUUUCCGUCUACCAAAUCCACUCACAAGGCUUUGGUUGGCCUGAAGCUAUAGUAGAAGACACUUGCCCAAAGCACCAUGCAGUGAGACUGAACCCGGAACCAUGUGGUUGGUAAUCAAGCUACUUACCACACAGCCACUCCUUUUAUGUAUGUAUAUAUAUAUAUUUAUAUAUAUAUAUAAGUAUAAGGUGAGCUGGCAAAAUUGUUACUACGCUAGGCGAAAUGCUUAGUGGUAUUUUAUCUGUCGCAACGUUCUGAGUUCAAAUUCCACUGAGGUUGACUUUGCCUUUCAUCCUUUCAGGGUUGAUAAAUUAAGUACUAGAUGCGUACUAGGGUCGAUAAAUUAAGUACUAGAUGUGUACUAGGGUCGAUCUAAUCAACUGGCCCCCUCCCCAAAAAUUUUGGGCCUUGUGCCUAGAGUAGAAGAGAAUAUAUAUAUAUAGUGGAGGUGCAAUGGCCCAGUGGUUAGGGCAGCAGACUCACGGUCAUAGGAUCGUGGUUUUGGUUCCCAGGCCAAAAAUUGUGAGUGUUUAUUGAGUGAAAACACCUAAAGCUCCACAAGGCUCUGGCAGGGGGUGAUGGCGAACUCUGCUGUACUCUUUCACCAUAACUUUCUCUCACUCUUUCUUCCUGUUUCUGUUGUACCUGUAUUUCAAAGGGUCAACCUUGUCACACUCUGUGUCAGGCUGAAUCUCCCUGAGAACUAUGUUAAGGGUACAUGUGUCUGUGGAGUGCUCAGCAACUUGCACGUUAAUUUCAUGAGCAAGCUGUUCUGUUGAUCGGAUCAACUGGAACCCUUGUCGUCGUAACUGACUGAGUGCCAUGAUAUAUAUAUAUAUACACACACACAUACAUACAUACACAAAAAUGUAACAUCAUACAUUAACACAGUAUGGCAUUAUGCUGUGUAUAUAUAUAUACAAAGAUGUAACAUCAUACAUAAACAGUAUAGCAUUAUGCUACCCACACACACAUGUAUAGACACACAUACACAAAUUUUAUUUUAUUACCAAUAUUAAUUUCUUUUGAUUUUCAAGAUUAUAGGAAGUGUUUUCCGAUUUUUUUAAAAAUUUUACUUUUUUGUCUGUAAUAGUCAGAUUAAAGUGAACAUGUUUUAAUGAAUUAAAACUUUUUUUAUAACAUAUCACAAGAAACAUUAAUUUUUUUUUUUUCUCGCUUUCUUUCAUUAUUUUUUAUCUCAGUUGAUUAGUAAAUGAAAUUUCCAGAACAUUCUGAACGAUAUUCAAAAUGUUAAAUAAAGCUGUUCAUUUUA